CCAACAGCUUUUAUAGACACGAUUUAUGUUCAAAAAGUUUUUAAUAUGAAUGAAUGAUUAACGCCUUUAUGCAUUCUUUCUAAGCUUUGAGCAGAAAUGCUUAACACGAGUAUUUCGGGCUAAAAACUCAGCUCAGACUUUUUUUUCUGGCAAGUGUGGGCAUGUUUAUCUUAUGACAUCGUUCCAGUUUACUCAGAGUUCAGUUGUAUUGUCUAUGAUAUUGUCACGUGAUAUUUUCCCGCCAAAGCACAAAAUAUUUUCAUAUUUCUUCAAGUACGAGAAAAACAAGUGUUUUUCUUAGUUUUUCUGCAAUUUUCCCUCUUUUUCUUCUUGUUUAAUGGACUGAAACUAUACUUUACAUAACGUAUAAAGCUUUCGGCGUUAGUGGCGGAUGUCAUGAGGCUGUUGAGAUGUGCAAGGGCAAAAGAAAACAGUGAAGACUGACGUUGCCUUGUGAUAUCACCUUGGUAAAGUUUGUUUACAUGAUUUAAAGGGCGAUGGAAAGUGAAAUGGAGGCAGCGAUUCAUGAAAUAGACACAGGAAGUCUGCAUUCAGAUGGCAGAGAGAAAGCCUUGAAUACAAAAGACGAAAUUUCAAAGGGAAACUGCUCGGGAAACGGUGCAAAGUUGACUUCAUCACAAACAGUGGAAGCCCCAGGCCAAAUUGUACCCUCCCAGGAAAGCGAAACGAAUGGUUCCCAAACAGACGAAAGCCGAAACGUUGGACAUUCGGGUGUAUUUAUUGUACCUCAAGCGAGUUUGGAACAGACAGGUCAUGCAGAAGAACCCAAGCUUGCCUCAAAGGAAAGCGUAGUUAAUAAAGCAGGGUGUACGCCAUCUUUGACUUCAUCUUGGGGCAUACGGUGUGAAACUGACAAGCAAGCAGAAUUCUUCAAUGGGAAAACAUUCGUCUGGCCAGCUAUUGGGUUCAAGGAUCAAAUUACUAAACAAACUCUGCAAAAUGAGCGAGGUAAUAAUCUAGGUGUUAUAUUUGAGUAAAAUUAUACAAGCUUGGCAUACUCAAGAGAGGGUAGAUGGCCUUCAUAUGAUGCCUACUGGUGUCCAAAUCUGGUAUACUAUUAGGAGAUAUAGUGAAGCCCGUACUAGGAAGUGUCCAUGUAUCUUGGACUCCUUGAUUUCAUGAACCUACCGUUUCAGUUUUAGAUAUGUUUGCACAAGUUUUGCAAUCGACGGCGAAAGGGAACGACGUGGAGGAAUCCACGAAGAAAAAACAAACUCCCUUGAUCACCAGUGUGUCAUCUGAUUUCGUUGGUCAAUCUGAGAAAUCAGUCACUGUCCAAGAAAACAAGGAAUCAAUAUCAGUCCUAAAGAAAGUUGGAAAGAAAGCAAAGAAAACUGUUCAUUUCCCAGAAAAUGUUGUUUCUGUGAAAUUCUACGAUAUCAGUGACGAUGAUGAGAGCGAUGAUGACACGUUAAUACUUUCAGAUCAUGAGGAAGAUGAUUUGCAAGACCAGGAAGUCCCUUUUAACACCUAUGAUGACUACACGACCCAUCACCUAAGCUCAUUCACCACCAAUUUUACCCCCCACUUUUCAUUUCCCCCCGCUCUGGAUGUGUCCAAUCUUAACAGGUGUGACAACCUUGAUGAAGAUCAGCAACGACAAGAUCAGCAACUUACGGCGAUUAUGAAUGACGAUGACGGACGACAAAGCGGUGAUCCAGCAAUACACGAAGAUGAAGAUAACCUCAGCUAUAUACAAAACACUGAGAGAUUUCAAGGAGAGCUACUUGUUUCUGCGGAGGCGAAUGUCAUGUCUGAAAUACUGAAUCCAGAACCAACUCCUGAUGAUACCAGUCUGGGUGAUUCUGUGAAUCCCAUAGACGAGAAAUGGCCAUCAGUGAAUCCUACCGUGGGUGAAUUUCAGGGCUUUGAUACGUGCAGAGAUGACCAACUAAUUUCUACAGAAGCGAAGGAGGUACCUGGAAAUAGCGAUGUAGAAACGAAUAUAGAAGCAGUGAUGACAAAGAGUGGAAGAGAAGAUUUUGGAGUCUCGUGUGAGGUCAUGGAUGACCACUUAACCACUGUGAAAGAUCUAUCUAGAUUGCCAGAUGAUGAUGUGAAGAAAAUGGAGGUAGAGACAACAAAUUAUGGAAUGAGUGGAAUCAUUCAAGAUGAUUUGAAUGUUAACUCUAUUGGAAGUACGCAUGAUACUUCGAAAAAUAAUAGUUUGGCGGUGGAGCAAAUGCUCCCCGUAGAAGUCAAAAGCCUUGUUGAAAACCCAGAUGGAGGAAAUGAGAGGGAACUACUUGGAGAUGGUUUGGAAUCGGAUUACGAUGAGAAUAUGAAGAAAACUACACAAAGUGAGAGUUUGAUGGUUGAGGAUAUUACAUCCAACGGGAAGACUGGAAAUCGAGGUAUUGAAAGUUCUGUAAGAACUGGGAAAACUCGAUGACCUCCGUUGCUAUGAUGAUGCA